AUCAAACACAGAACUGACCACCAGCACAACAUGGCGCAGGGUAACAAUUUAACAGAAAGCGGCCUCGACUUGCCAUCUUCCCAAUGGGCAGCGCAAUUCAACCCGAGCACCCGGCGUGCGGAGAUCAAUCAGGUUCCGAUUCCAUCGAUCAAGCCGGACGAGAUCUUGGUGAAGGUCAGAGCCGCUUCACUAUGCCACAGCGAUCUGAUGCUGUUCGAGGACAAUGAGCAAGGCUUGAUACUGGGCGAAGGUACUCCCUUCACAAUGGGUCAUGAAGCGUGCGGCAUCAUCCUCCAAACGGGAUCCGAAGUUGGAGCACACUUCCGAACGGGAGACAAGAUCGGCUGGCUCCCCAUCGUCGACUGCUGCUUCGACUGCGAAGGAUGCCAGCUAUCAAAUCUGCGUUGCGAGCGUGACACAUCCAAGAUCCAGGGCAUGAAAGUUGAUGGGUUCUUCCAGCCUUACUGCGCCAUCAACUGGCGUAAUGCAGCAAAGAUCCCGGAGGGUAUGCAGCUGGAGAAUCUCGCUCCGAUGUUUUGUGCCGGCUGCACAGCGUAUAAUGCCGUCAACGACACCAUCAAGGAACUCACCACCGAGCCUGCGAAGACAUACGUGGCUGUCAUAGGCUGCGGCGGACUCGGUCAUCUGGGGAUACAGUACCUGAAAGCAUACGGCUAUAUUGUCAUUGGCGUUGACAUCUCCCCGGACGCUUUGACUGAAGCUGUUGCCCAAAAAGCGGAUCAUGUCUUCAACUCAUCUACGGAUGUCAGCUACGUCGAGCAGAUCAAAGCCAUCACUGGAGGACGAGGUUGCCACGCAGCAAUCAACUACACCAACUCCGCUGCAUCGUACACCGCAAUGCCGGACUUGCUUCGCACCAACGGCCUCUUGAUGGUUGCGGGAAUACCGCAGAAGCCGCUGAGCUUCAACGCAUUCGACAUCACCAUGAACCGCUACCAAAUUCGGGGUUCGAACAACGGAAUCACACCAAAACUGGUGAAGUGCUUGGAGUUCAGUCAGAAGCAUGGGAUCGUACCGCGUGUCACGCAGUUCAAGCUGGAGCAGUUUCAGGAGAUGCUGGAUCUGAUGCAAUCGAACAAGCAUAAGGGCAGGCUGGGCGUGCUUUUCGAUUAG